AUGGUGUCAAGAUCAUAUUCUAAUCUCUUGGAGCUUGCCUCUGGUGAGUCUCCAUCUUUUGGCCGCAUGAGCCGGCGAAUUCCACGGAUUAUGACGGUGGCGGGCAUCAUGUCCGACAUAGACGAUGAUCCAUCGGAGAGCGUGUGCUCCGAUCCAUCAUCCUCUUCGAUGCAAAAGGAUCGAAUCAUAAUUGUUGCCAAUCAGCUGCCAAUAAGGGCGCAGCGAAAAUCUGAUGGCAGUAAGUCUUGGAUUUUCACUUGGGAUGAGAAUUCACUGCUCCUUCAGCUGAAAGAUGGUUUAGGGGAUGAUGAAAUUGAGGUUAUUUAUGUUGGUUGUCUGAAGGAAGAAGUUCACCCUAGUGAACAAGAUGAGGUCUCCCAAAUACUUUUGGAGACCUUCAAAUGUGUGCCAACAUUUCUCCCUCCGGAUCUUUUUAGCAGGUAUUAUCAUGGUUUUUGUAAACAACAAUUAUGGCCUUUAUUUCAUUACAUGUUGCCCUUGUCUCCGGACCUUGGGGGUAGGUUUAAUCGUUCCUUGUGGCAAGCAUAUGUGUCGGUAAAUAAGAUAUUUGCUGAUAGGAUUAUGGAGGUGAUUAAUCCGGAGGAUGAUUUCGUAUGGGUUCAUGACUAUCAUCUUAUGGUGUUACCUACUUUCUUGAGGAAGAGGUUUAAUAAGGUCAAACUUGGGUUUUUCCUCCAUAGUCCAUUCCCUUCAUCGGAGAUUUAUAAGACAUUGCCUAUUAGGGAAGAACUUUUACGAGCUCUGUUAAAUUCAGAUUUAAUUGGGUUCCAUACUUUUGACUAUGCUAGACACUUCUUGUCUUGUUGUAGUAGAAUGCUUGGCCUUUCCUAUGAAUCCAAGAGAGGGUACAUAGGCAUUGAGUACUGUGGUAGGACUGUUAGCAUUAAAAUUCUUCCUGUUGGUAUACAUAUGGGUCAGCUUCAGUCGGUGUUGAGCCUUCCAGAGACUGAAGCAAAGGUCAAGGAGCUCAUUAAGCAGUUUUGUGAUCAAGAUAGGAUAAUGUUGCUUGGGGUGGAUGACAUGGACAUUUUUAAGGGUAUAAGUUUAAAGUUACUGGCAAUGGAACAGUUACUUGUGCAGCAUCCAGAGUGGCAAGGGAAGAUAGUGUUGGUGCAGAUAGCGAAUCCUGCAAGGGGUAAAGGAAAAGAUGUGAAAGAAGUCCAAGCUGAGACACAUGCUGUUGUGAAGCGGAUCAAUGAAACAUUUGGGAGGCCUGGAUAUGACCCCAUUGUCUUGAUCGAUGCACCAUUGAAAUUUUAUGAGAAAGUGGCCUAUUAUGUGGUUGCAGAGUGUUGCUUGGUCACUGCUGUACGGGAUGGAAUGAAUCUCAUACCCUAUGAGUACAUAAUCAGUCGCCAAGGAAAUGAUCGAUUGAAUAAGUUGUUGGGACAGGAACCUUCUACCCCGAAGAAGAGCAUGUUGGUCAUCUCUGAAUUUAUUGGCUGCUCCCCAUCUUUGAGUGGAGCAAUUCGUGUAAACCCUUGGAAUAUUGAUGCAGUGGCAGAUGCAAUGGACUUUGCCUUGGAGAUGGCGGAACCUGAAAAACAACUCCGACAUGAGAAGCAUUACAGAUAUGUCAGUACCCAUGAUGUUGGUUAUUGGGCACGUAGUUUCCUUCAGGAUUUGGAGAGGACAUGUCGCGAUCAUUCAAGGAGGAGAUGCUGGGGUAUUGGAUUUGGAUUAAGCUUCAGAGUUGUGGCACUUGAUCCUAACUUCAAGAAGCUCUCAAUGGAGCGCAUUGUGUCAGCUUACAAGAGGACCACAACUAGGGCAAUUCUUCUGGAUUAUGAUGGUACACUAAUGCCUCAGGCUUCUAUAGAUAAGAGCCCAUCCUCGAAGUCGAUUGACAUUAUAAACAGCUUGUGUAGAGAUAAGAACAACAUGGUUUUCCUUGUUAGUGCUCGAAGCCGCAAAACAGUUGCUGAAUGGUUCUCUCAGUGUGAGAGACUGGGACUAGCUGCAGAACAUGGCUACUUUCUUAGGCUAACGAGAGAUGCAGAGUGGGAGACAUGCGUCCCUGUAGCAGAUACCACUUGGAAGCAGAUUGCAGAGCCUGUAAUGAAGCUUUACACUGAAACAACAGAUGGUUCUACUAUUGAGGACAAGGAAACUGCUCUAGUGUGGUGUUAUGAGGAUGCAGAUCCAGACUUUGGGUCAUGCCAAGCAAAGGAACUUCUUGAUCAUCUUGAAAGUGUGCUAGCCAAUGAACCUGUUACAGUCAAGAGUGGGCAGAACAUAGUGGAGGUCAAACCUCAGGGUGUCAACAAGGGACUUGUAGCCAAACGCCUACUCUCCAUCAUGCAAGAAAAUGAAAUGUCACCAGAUUUUGUUCUGUGCAUUGGCGAUGAUAGGUCUGAUGAAGAUAUGUUUGAGGUAAUAACCACCUCCAUGGCUGGCCCAUCAAUUGCUCAGAAUGCCGAAGUGUUUGCUUGUACAGUUGGUCGAAAACCCAGUAAGGCUAAAUAUUAUCUUGAUGACACAGCAGAAAUUGUUAGAUUGAUGCAAGGCUUGGCCACUGUUUCAGAACAAACGGUUACAGUGUAA